AUGUCGCUGAUCCGAUCCUCAAAAGGGGAGCCAGUUCAGCACCAGGACAACGCCGAAGCCGGUGCCCUGCGUUACUCAGGUGCCACGUACAAUUUGGCUCAAUCUGCGGAUCCCGCUCGCGCCUCCAUUAGCGGCCUUCAGUCGUCGAAUGUCGCACCUCCGCGCCAGUCAGCGUCUCCAGCCACUAUGCGUCAAUCUGCUCCAAGCAACAUUCCACCACCGCUCGUUUUGCCCGCCCACACCGACGACAUUUCACCCGGGUCGAAAGGUGGCACACCAAAUACCGCCAAUACAGUGCGUCCAAGCAGCUACAUCGACCAGCUUCAUAGUGCAAAGCACGCCAGCAGUGCGGUGGAGGCCUGGGUGGAUGAUACCAUGGCAGUGGACCCCGAGAAUCCUGCUGUGCACCUCUCUGAGUCGGGUGAAUCCAUCACAGUCACCUCCAUCACGGAGUCAGGCGUGCGUGACAGCGCGGAGACGUACGCCCUGCCUGACCGACCUGCUCCUGCUCCUCCUCCUCCUCAACCAGUUAAGCAGCCUGUCCCUCUUGCGGAGACAGCUAAAUGGCCAACUGCUGUUCGACCCUCCGGCCUUCCGCGUCCAAGCGGUCUUCGAGCACCUAUUCCUCGUCUGGUAAUGCCCCCACGCAGUCUAAUGAGUGCGUUGUCUUCGGAAAAUGUCAUGACAACGUCCCAACUAACGUUAACAGCGAACACCAACAAAACGACACCAAUAACGCGUCGAGCACUGGCACCCUCCGCUAUUCCAGCUGGAAGGGCUGGAACCGCGAGUGGGGUCAUCGGCGCAGAACGUCCUCGUGGCACGGCGAUGCGUCCACGGACAGGCAUCUUGUAUCAUGUUUGGAAUGUUAUUCAAAAUGUGUUUUUAAGUCAGAAGUUCCUGGUGCCACAAGGCAUAUUUCCCUCUAGCAAAUGA